GAACCAGGGGUAGGAUGGAACAGACGGAAGGGAGCACUCCUGGAUGAUUCUCAACGCCAGCCUCAUCCAGAGCCCACCAAGGUGGGAGGAGUUGUGCCGACCACAGAGAAAGGGGCCACCAGACAGGCCCACCCAAGCUGGAGGAAGGGACGCUGAGCUGGCCUGGCUGUGGAGAUGGAGUGCCCAGGCCCUCCCCCACUAACCCCACCCCAUCCCUGUCCAGAGGGGCUGACUCAGCCUUUUCCCAGGCCCAGAAUGUUCCUUUGCUAGACCCUGGGGCCUUUGUGUCUAGUCAUGAGGCCUGAAGGGGGUGGGGACAGUUGAUAAAAGGCACCAAAGGCAGCUCCCACACCCUUCCUCAGCACCGCUGCCCACAUGCAGCCCCGGACACAGCCCCUAACCCAGGCCUUACCCUUCUCCCUUGGAGGGGUCCUGCGAGACGCUGGGCUCCGUGUGCCUGUCAUUAAGAUGGGCACAGGGUGGGAGGGCCUGCAGCAAACCCUGAAGGAAGUGGCCUACAUACUGCUCUGCUGCUGGUGUAUCAAGGAGCUGCUGGACUGAUGACGCCAGGGAGCAGCGUCCUCUACCGCUGACAGCAUGGCUGGCACCGCUCAGCCCCAUCAAGACUCCUGGGGCCAGCUGUGCCUGACCAAGGACAGGUGGGCCACAAACGACGACUGAAGAGUGAAGUGUGGAUCCUGCUUUGAGCUGUGCCAUCUGCCAGACUAGCCUCGUCUCCGGACCUCAGUCCCCAGCCUCUGCCUCUGUCGAACCUCUGGUGAGCGGGAGUCUGGCCUGCUGGCCAGCACUCCAGUAAGACUACCGCAGGACCUGGCACACCUCUACGCCUGGCACAGUGAGCCCGCCAGCCCCGAUGGUGAUCUCACCGUGCUCUUAGUACCAGGCAUGGGCUGUGCCCUAAGAUCUCUGUUUGAGAA